AUUCCGGUAUUGGCGUCUCUUAAAGGUGUGUAAAAUACCCAAGAAUUCAAGUCGAGAUAGUUCUACUUGAUAUUUAUAAUUUUUUAAAACGUCGAAAUAAAGAUUCUGAAAAGGUCAUAAAAGGAUAGCAACAUUUUAUUAAAGGGAAGAGAAACUAUUUCAAUAACAAUGUGCAGAGAUUAUAAAUCAUAUUGGAAAUGUGUAUUAUUCGUCCUGUGGAUUCUUGGAAGUUUAUCGGGAACCGGGAAAGCAACAGGUGUAGAGAUGAUUAGCAUGGAAGAUGAAGAAAAACAGAAGAUUUGUUCACUUGAAUCCAGCUUUAAGUGUGACCUUGAGUCGGAGAUCGCCGAAUGUGUUGAUCAAUCUCUUGUCUGUAAUGGCAUCAGUGAAUGUUUGAAUGGGAGAGAUGAGAGCGUUGAAAUAUGCGGGUGUCUACCGAAUGAGUUCCAGUGUAACAAUACGCAUUGUAUAGAUGCUAUCAGAAGAUGUGAUACAUUCUCGGAUUGCGAAGAUGGAAAUGAUGAACAAGACUGUGAAACACACAUCUGCCCUGAAAAUUUCAUCAAAUGUGACAACCAUUUUUGUAUAGCUCGAUACAGUGAGUGUAAUUUUGUGGAUGAUUGUGGUGAUAACUCUGAUGAAAUCCGAUGUAAGCGUAGAGAAUGUUUCACUACAGAGUUUAGAUGUAAUAAUUCCCAGUGUAUACCAAUGUCAUAUUUAUGUGAUCAACAAGUUGACUGUAAAGAUGGUUCCGAUGAAGAACCUAACAACUGUGAACUUCACUUCCGGUGUCCGAAUGGGUUAUAUGUAAACCGGGCCAGGGUGUGUGAUGGUUUUGUUGAUUGUCAUUUUACACAUUUGGACGAGGCUCAAUGUGGUGAUUGUCCCACUAAACAGUUUAAAUGUAACAAUAACCAAUGUAUCGACGAGGCUAACAUCUGUGAUGGUAAAUGUGAUUGUAAAAACUGCGAAGAUGAAAACAACUGCACUCUAGCCAGUGAAGAAUGUGAAAUCAAUGACAGAUAUAUGUGUAAGAAACAACACAGAUGUAUCAAAAAGGAAUAUCUGUGUGACGGCCAUAACGAUUGUAAAAAUACCAACACUGGAGCGGAUGAAUAUUUCUGUAGUGACAUUAAAGAUGGUUGUACUAACUUUAAAGAUGCUGGUAAGCAUUUUGUUUGUCCUGAAGGAAGAUGUUUGCCUGAUAGUGUCAGAUGUGAUUAUUACGCAGAUUGUCUGGGUGGCGAAGAUGAGGAGAACUGCAAUUUUGCUAGUUGUGAGGUAGAUGAAUAUCAGUGUAUGAACCAUCAGUGUAUAAAACAACAUAAGAGAUGUGAUGGUAACAUGGAUUGUUUUGAUAGAAGUGACGAGGCUCAUUGUGGAAACUAUGGUUGUUUAGCUAAGUUUAAGAAAUGUGCCAGUGGUCAAUGUAUUAAAGACAAUUAUUGGUGUGAUUACUGGAAUGAUUGUCCUGAUAAUUCAGACGAGUUGAAUUGCUCCCAAGCAGAAUGUAAACCAGGAGAAUAUAGGUGUACUAACGGUCAGUGUAUACCACAAGAGAAUUAUUGUUAUAACGGAAAGGCUGGUGGCAGACAUGUUUGUUCUGAUUAUUCUCAUUUACUCAACUGCUCAAAUCACCAAUGUCUACCUGGCCAGUUUAAAUGUCGUAAUUCAUAUUGCAUUGAUGAUAAUCAGGAAUGUGAUGGAAUGCUGGAUUGUAAGAUGACGUAUUGGGAUGAACAUAACUGUCCUUACAGUUGUCCGUAUAAAUCUGAUCUUUGCACGUGCGUUGACGAAGAAAUGGAUUGUGAGAAUAGGAACUUCACAGAGUUACCGUCCUUUAUAGACAACACAUUAACCAAGUUUCGUCUAUCUGGUAAUAACAUGAACGCUUCUAUAUCUCAAGAUACCUUUAAAGAUUUUCCAAGACUCACUUACUUGGACCUGAGUAACAACAAUCUGCAUUUUUUACCAAAAAGAUGUUUCGAGUCCCUGUGGAGAUUAGCCACAUUAGAUUUACGGAAUAACCAUUUAACUGAAAUCAGAAACGAAACAUUUAUUGGAUUAUCCAAUCUAAGACAACUAUAUCUAACAGGCAAUAAGAUACAGUAUAUACAUCCUGAUUCAUUUGUUGGUUUAUCACAUCUUAAAUUUCUUGAUUUGAGCAAUGAAAAUCUUCAUAUUCUACCCCAGAAUGCAUUCGUUGGUUUACGGAAUGUUUUCAAUCUUAAUUUAUCUAGAAAUCAUAUCCAGUUUAUAAACGAUGGUGCUUUUAAUGGGCUCAAGAAUCUAUAUUUACUUGAUAUCUCCCAUAAUGAUGUGGAUAUGAUACAAGAAAAUGUCUUCCAUGGUAUACCCAAACUUAAAACACUAUAUACGGAUGAGUUUAGAUUUUGUUGUUUGGUAGCUACGGUGGUGGAUCAGUGUUAUCCCGAACCCGAUGAAUUCUCAUCCUGUCAGAAUCUUAUGUCUAAUUAUAUACUAAGAAUUACCAUCUGGAUUCUCGGUAUGGUGGCAGGGUUCGGCAAUCUACUGGUCAUUGGCUGGAGAGCACGAGAUUUACGCGGUGGCAAGGUUCAUUCGUUUCUCAUAACGAAUCUGGCUAUUGGUGAUUUUUUCAUGGGAGUCUAUCUGUUGAUAAUAGCUGUAGUUGAUUCCUACUAUCGUGGUGUUUACAUAUCAUACGAUAAAACAUGGCGGCAGAGUAGUUUAUGUCAUUUUGCUGGUUUCAUCUCCACAUUCUCCAGUGAACUCUCAGUAUUUACCUUGACAGUUAUAACCCUUGAUCGUCUCAUCUGUAUUCUAUUUCCGCUCAAGAUGCGCAGACUCUGUUUAAAGGAGGCCAUGUUUGUUAUGGCAUGUGUGUGGCUCGUGGUCUUCAUCAUGGCCGUAAUUCCGUUAAUUGGUCUGGACUACUUUACCAACUUCUAUGGCCGAUCUGGAGUUUGUCUCGCGUUCCACAUCACCCCGUCCAGUCCGCCUGGUUGGGAGUAUUCUGUGGCUGUCUUCCUAGUGCUCAAUUUCGUUUCGUUUCUUGUGAUUUUUCUGUCAUAUUUUUGGAUGUUUAUUGUUGCUAAGAGGACGCGCAGUGCUGUUCGCGCCACGGAGACAAAGACUGAUGCUGCUAUGGCUAGAAGAAUGACUCUGAUUGUAAUGACCGACUUCUUCUGCUGGGUACCUAUUAUUCUAUUAGGUUAUGCUUCACUUGGUGGUGCCAGUAUUCCUAAACAGGUCUACGCCUGGGUAGCUGUGUUUGUUCUACCAUUAAAUUCCGCUAUUAACCCCGUCCUCUAUACUAUCUCUACCGCUCCUUUUUUGGGUAAUGUCAAGAGGCGUGCUUAUAGAUUCAGGAAAUCAUUCAUGAAUUCAUUCACCAUGGAAACCAAAAAUACUUUUAUUGAUGAAAGAACUACUACAUCUUGGGACAGAAAAUCGCCAUAUAGACAUAUGGAUCUUAUUAGAAUGCGCGGAUUGGACAGAUCGCCGGUUCACUCUCAAUCCGACCAAUCAGAUUAUUAGAAUGUCAGACUUAAUUCGUAAAGUUCAUGAACGAAUGGGAAUUAGAAAGACCUCCAGUUCUCUUAAAAUUGACCAAACAGAUGAAUGGUUUCAGAGUGUGUGGGCUGGUACUUACUGUUCACUCCCAUUACCAACCUUACCAAUCAGAAUAUCAAAUUAUUUAACUGUUUUAUGGAUCUAAUAAGAGUGCGUGGAUUGUACAGAUCUUUAGUUCACUCGAAAUCUGACCAGUCAGAUUAUUAUGUUUUUAAAGGGUAUUAUGGAUCUGGUUAAACGACGUGUGGAUUGGAUAGAUCUUGUUAUUAUACUCCAAAACUGGGCUAACUCUGGUUGACCAAUCGACUGACUAACCGGUGUCUAAUCGAAGUCAUGGAACUGGUUCGAAUUCGUGGAACUAAUUAGAAUUGUUGAAACUAAUUAGAAUUGUUGAAACUAAUUAGACUUUGUGAAACUAAUUAGACUUCGUGAAACUAAUUAGACUUCGUGAAACUAUCUAGAAUUCGUGAAACAAAUUAGAAUUCGUAAAACUAAUUAGAAUUCGUAAAACUAAUUAGAAUUCGUAAAACUAAUUAGAAUUCAUGGAUUGGAUAGAUCACCAAUCCAUUAAAAAGCCUAACUGAAUUAGUAUCUGAAACUGCCUCGUCUAAGUAAUUUUGCUAAGUUAUACUUUGUAAAGCCCUACCGAGUCAAGCUUCUAGUUGGUUUGUUUAAAUAUACUAGCUUUGAUGGCCAUGUAAAUAAUCCGAAAAAAUAUAGAUGUAUUAUUAUUAGAUGUGUAAUUGGAGCUUUAACGUAUUAACACAUUAAAUGAUAUUUAAUGCGUCAACGGUUUAAAAUAAAUUAUUAUGUACACUUUGAAUAUAAUGUUUAUUAUAUAUUGUAUAUAAUGUAUUUAAUACCAUAAUUAAAAAAAAUAUGUAAUAAUCGUGUGGGUGUAAUACGUGUAAAUUGAUUAUAUUUUUCAACUGUCAUUGAUAUUUCAAAUAUGACAUAUAUUUAUAUUUGAGACUUUUAUCAGAAUCCACCGUUUUGUACAUUCAAAGAAUUGAUAUAUGUUCUGCUGAAAGUGUAUUAUUCAACUAUUUGUGCUUUUAUUAAGGGAUAUUUAUAAAUAGUCAACAACCAUUUAUUGUGUUUUAAUAACUAUGUGGGUUUUUUUAUUGUUAAACAACAACUAUUGUGUUUUAUUAAACAACAAAUCUAAGUAUUCAACAACUAGUGUGGUUUAUAAACUAUAAAUAUUCCGCAAAUGGUAUAUACUUUUAAAUAAGAACUAUAAGUAACGAACAACCACAUGUUUUAUUAAAUAACAACUAUACAUAUUCAACAGAGAGAUGAUUAUAUUAUUUAUUCAUCAAUAGCUGAAAGUAUAUUACUGAGCAACUUUAAUAAAUAUUUAACAACAGCUGUGAAUCAACAACAAUACCCCCGAUAACAAAAUUAACUCAACAACUCUAAAUGGAUUAUACGACAAUUUAAUGAAGUGUGUUAUUUAAUAACCACUGACAGUGUAUUACUUAACAGCUGUGUACGAAUUAUCCGACGACAACAUCAAUAAUAAGUCUAUCAUUAAAUAUGAGGGGAAUAUGUCCAUUUAUCCGAAUGUCGAAAUCAUAUGUAUAUAUUGUUCAAAUGAGUUAAUAGCUCAAUUGUUUUAGCCCUCCCUUUAAAUGUUUUAAGAGAUAGAAAACAUUUGACUUCACAUAUUAAAAUGUUUUCAGUUUAACUAACAACAGUUUCAUGAAAACUAUAUGCCCUUUAUCUGUAAAUAUAUCGACCGAAAAAUUAUCGCUCAGAAACGGGAGCUCGUUAUUAUUAUAGCUUUUGUUAUUUUGUCUAUAUUGGCUUGGUUAUAUUUUUACAAUUCAACAGAUCGAGUAAUUACCAAAGGAGCACCGUAAGUGCACAAUUUCACUCUUAUGUAAUUUUGUCGUGCAUGAUUCUACUCCUAUAUGAUUAUUUCGUUUAAUCGAAAUAUUAAUUCGUUUAAACGAAAUACUAUUUCGGAUUGAGGCGAUAACCCUUGAACUGCAACACAAACUAGGUCAUUUCGGGACUAACACGUGGUUCAAUUUUAUUUCAAUAAUUCGCUUGCGCGUAGGGGUAUUUAGCAAUAGGAGGAAACACGUGGACCCGGAGAAAACCUACGAGGUUGGACAGGCGACCCUACUCCUUGUCACGUAAAAGUGGUCAAUGAAACUUGACUCAGUGACAGACCUCAUGGUUUCACGCACACCACUAGACCACCCAACCCCCUUUCGCUGGAACUGCAGGCCACGGAACAAUGAAAAUCGAUAGGGUGCACAAGAUUUUUGUAAUGGGGAUCAUGUAUAUUUCGUUAUAAAGAACUAAUUUUCGUAGAAACGAUUUAAUAUUUGUUUAAACAAAUUAAUAUUUUGUUAUAACGAAUUGGUAUUUCAUUUAAACGAAUUGUUGCCACGGAACAAUGAAAAUCGAUAGGGUGCACAAGAUUUUUGUAAUGGGGAUCAUGUAUAUUUCGUUAUAAAGAAUUAAUUUUCGUAGAAACGAUUUAAUAUUUGUUUAAACAAAUUAAUAUUUUGUUAUAACGAAUUGGUAUUUCAUUUAAACGAAUUAAUAUUUCGCUUAAACGAAAUAAUUAUAUUUAAGAGUGGAAUCGUGCACUUAAGGGGCUCCGUAAUUGCUUGAUAUUUUCCUAUAUUCUCUGUUUUGUCGACCAUAAAAUUACGGUACUUUUGUUGUUGUGUGUAUGAUUUUUUUCUUUCCAGAUGAUGAAGCUAUUUCAUUAAAAUACGUAUGCUGAUUCUUACAUUCAACUCUUACUGGUGAAAGUUGCUUCCAUUGAAAAGGCAUGAUGUUGUAAAGUAGCGAAAUCCUUAGUCUAUAAUAUAGUCUGUAUGUUCCAGGCUACCCGUCACGGUAGUGAUGAAAAUUGGAUCAUAAUUAUGUCCAUUACAUUCUGUAUAGUAAAAGUAAUAUAAGAUAAGGUCUGGAUAAUAAUAAUAAUGAUUAUAAAAGCUUCGACCAAUAAUUGAUACCUUUCGGUGUAUCCUCUAUAUCUGGAGUUGAGUUAAUUGCGAUAAUUAAUUAGAUAUAAAUUUAGAGAAAUACAUAGUUUGUUGAUAUGUUUGUCAUGUUAUUGUUGUUGUUUAUUAGAUAAAGUUUUUUAUACAAACA